UCCUCCCUUCCCCGCCCACAAUGUGAAGCCCACCUCAUUCUUCCUCAUUGCCGUUCAGCAAACCCAACUCCGUGUGUUUCUGCAUAUCCGGCAACUGCAUCAAUGGCAGCCUCAGAGGGGACGGAGAAGAAGAGAAAUUGGAUACUUAUGCGGAGAUAUGAGAUGGGGAGGCUGCUCGGGCAGGGGACAUUUGCGAAGGUGUACUUCGGCCGGAGCUUGGAGAGCGGGCAGAGCGUGGCUGUGAAGGUGAUUGAUAAGGAGAAAGUGUUGAGGGUGGGGAUGAUCGAGCAAAUAAAGAGAGAAAUUUCGGUUAUGAGACUGGUGCGCCACCCUCAUGUCGUGCAGCUAUACGAGGUGAUGGCGAGCAAGACCAAAAUUUAUUUUGUCAUGGAGUAUGCUCGUGGCGGAGAGCUCUUCGACAAGAUCGCCCGCGGUCGGCUCAAGGAAGACGCAGCACGACGCUACUUCCAACAACUAAUCAGCGCCGUCGAUUUCUGCCACAGCCGCGGCGUCUACCACCGUGACCUAAAACCCGAAAACCUUCUCCUCGACGAAAAUGGCGACCUCAAAAUCACCGACUUCGGCCUCAGCGCCCUCGCUCACACGCGCCGCCACGACGGCCUGCUCCACACCACCUGCGGCACCCCUGCUUACGUCGCCCCCGAAGUCGUAAAGAAACACGGCUACGAUGGCGCUAAAGCCGACAUCUGGUCCUGUGGGGUCGUCCUCUUCGUCCUCCUCGCCGGCUUCCUCCCUUUUAACGACUCCAAUCUCAUCGAAAUGUACCGCAAAAUCUCCAAAGCCGAGUUCCGAUGCCCUAAUUGGUUCCCUCCCGAUGUCCGCAAGCUAAUCGCCCGCCUCCUUGACCCUAACCCUAAUACCCGCAUCAAAAUCCCUAAACUCGUCGAAUCCCCCUGGUUUAAGAAGGGGUUUAAGCCAAUCGAAGCUCACGACGACCCGGCGGGCAUCGUCGACGAUGUCGACGCUGCUUUUGCGACGAGGCCGGUGAGUUUAAAUGCGUUUGAUAUCAUAUCGUUGUCGAAGGGUUUUGAUUUGUCAGGGUUGUUUGAGGGGUGUGGGAACCGGCCGACGGCAGCAGAGGCUAGGUUUACGACGCAGAAGCCACCGGAGGCGAUUGUGUCCAGAUUCGAGAAGAUUGCGGAGAUGGAGAGUUUUAUGGUGAGGAAGAAGGACGGGAAGGUGAAAUUGCAGGGGAAGAAGGAAGGGAGAAAAGGGCAGUUGGCCAUAGAUGCGGAAAUAUUUGAAGUAACGCCUUCGUUUCAUUUUGUGGAAGUGAAGAAAUCGGCGGGGGAUACGAUUGAGUACCAGCAGUUCUGUGAUCGGGGUUUGAAGCCAUCGUUGCAGGAUAUUGUUUGGACGUGGCAACAGGGUGGUGGAGGUGUUGAGCAGCAGAAAUACUCCGACGAGCUCUCCGGCACCACUGCGAGCAGCCCGCCGAUCGUUGCUUCAUUGGAAUGAGAGACAGAGGAGACCAGGGCUGUUUAGAUGGACCAUAUUAUUUUGGAAGAUUUAGAUGCGUAUGUAUUUACAUA